GUGAUAAAAAAAAAAACAUGUCGAGUUACUUCUCCUUCUCGCGCUUGCCCUUAUUUUAAUUUAAGUCGUGUUGUAUUCACUGUAGGUCGUGGCGUAAAUACUAAUUCGGGUACAGUCAGUGUUAUUGGUGUUUGUGUUGUGAACAUGUGAUUUUUAUUUAUAACAAAUAUGGAGACAAAUGCAAAUCAGAAGGUGACCUGCGUGGCGAACUACGCAUACGACGCGUCCGAGCCGGACGAGCUGACCAUCCGGCCCGGCGAGGUGCUGCGCGAAGUGGAACGGCUGCCGGGCGGCUGGUGGCGCGGCGAGCUGCGGGGCCGCAGAGGCAUGUUCCCGGACAACUUCGUGUCCGUCACCACGGACCAGACCAGCGCCAGAAGCAGCACCGGCGUGUCGGGGCGCUGCCGGGCGGUGUUCAGCUACCAGCCAGCGAACCCCGACGAGCUGCCUCUUUGCGUCGGCGACGUGCUAGAUGUGCUCGGGGAGGUGGAAGAAGGCUGGUGGCAAGGGCGCCGGCAAGGCCGCGUGGGCGUGUUCCCUUCUAACUUCGUCGUGAUGCUGGACCAACAGCCGCCCCCGUACGAGACUACCACCUUCGAGCCCGCGCCUGCGCUCCCGCCCAAACCUGUCAAGGAGCUAUGUCGCGUCCUUUUCCCGUACACCGCGGUGAACGAGGACGAACUGACGCUGGGCGAGGGAGACAUUGUGACGAUAGUGUCCAAGGAGGCGCCCGACCGCGGCUGGUGGCGCGGCGAGCUGCACGGCCGCGUCGGCCUCUUCCCCGACAACUUCGUGCAACUGCUGCCACCUGUUACACAUGACACAAUGGAAGAAAAGAAACCGGACCGGCCGCCCAGCAAGACCUCGAUAUACCCCGUAUUAAACAAGUACUCCGAAAAAACCGCCUCUGUCAAAGAACUGACCACCUCUAAAAUAAGUACGCACAAAGAAAAUACUAUAAGCAAGGAGAACAACACUACAAGUACAAUCACGCACACAAAUAAGAGCGAGUCUGAAAAGCACAUUCAUAACGAGACGAUCACGGACGGAACACCAGAUUCACAAGGAAAGAAACCACCAGUGCCAUUGAAGAAAAGUCCAACGCCGACGUCCGGCGUUACCGGGCUGUUCAGCGGAUUGAAAAACAAGAUGCUGUCCACAGAUAAAGAUAAAGAGAAGUCAUCGACGACGGUAUCCUCGGGCAGCAGCAGCGGCGGCGAGUGGGACCGGCCCGACGGCGGCGCCGCCAGCAAGCCUGCCGCCAACACUGUCACCGCCACCACCACCAACAACAACACCUUCGACCACGUCGAGCGGCACUCCAUCCUCAACGACCCCCGCGCCGGACGAGUAAAAGCGCCGCGGCGGCGGCCCCCUAGUCAAGCCUUGCGGGAUGAUACUCCGCAACAAAUUGGACUAAGUAAUGGACACGAAGUUCCAGGCGAGGCGCCGGCCGCCGGCGAGCAGCCGGAGGAGAUCAAGCCGCGCGCGCGCGAGUGGGAGAAGCACCGCGCGCCGUGGAUGGCGGAGCUCAAGCUCAACCAGGCCAAGAAGACCAGCUUCGACGGCAAGCCCGCCAAGGGCACCGGCAGCACUGACAGAAUACUGGAGGUCGGUCUAGAAGAAAAGAGAUCGUCACACUCGAUGGAAAUGUCAAAGAGCACGUCAUCUAUUAGCAGCAGAAUGUCCGUUCUCGAGAGUUUUGAAGAGACGAAAGUGCGUCACUCGGCCGACAACAAGACGGCGGCGUCGAAGGAUCCCGAGCCCGCCGCCAGGCCGGUGCAUUCGCCUACCGCUGCGGGGCGCACGUUGCUGGGCAUGCUGGACGACAUCAAGAAGCCCGCCGCACCCCCUCCACCCGCCGCCAGUGUCCGCAGCAGCCACGACGACAACAAGAACGCUAAAAUCGAUAUUCAGAAAACCACCCUCACAUCGGAAAAGAACGAAGUGAGCAGCUCUAAAUCGGGCGUGUUCGAGAAAAGCAGCGUCGAGCGGUUGGAGAAGACAGAGGAGAAAACUGAGAAGCCGGCCGUUCUGGAGAAGGCGACCACGCUGGAGAGGCGGCAGCGGGAGCGGAGCGACUCGGUCGAGACGCUUGUCGCGCAACUUAAUAAUAGGAUAUUAAAUCUGGAAAAGCUACUAGAAGUACAAAACGCAAAAUUCAAUGCAGCCAUCGAAGACCUGACGAGCAAGCUUGCAGCCGAGACGGAGAAGCGCGUCGCGCUGCAGAGCGAGCUGCACAAACUCGCGCACUGCGUCACGCAGGUGUAGU